AUGAGGAAUGGUCGAGGGCUGGUGACGUCGUUCAUCGCUGCGCAGCGUCUAGCUAAUCUUAGAAAUACAUUAUGGAAUAGACAGCAAUUGGCCUUCUCCUCAUCAGUUGCCUCAUCAAGUACUCCUCCAGUUCAAGAAGAAUCCGAACAAUUGGCUAUUCGUUUUGAAUAUGGCCUCCCACUUCUCGAUGUUCCACUUCCUUCCAGAAAUGAGCCAUGUCAAUUCACGAUGCGACCUCUGAGUGACUCAGUCGGAUCUCUUUGUAAUUUUUUGCGGCAAGAAGACAGAGGAAUCGAUUAUGUGGCUGUCUACGGAACUAAUGGAGUUAAACUAGCCACAUGUACAUCUAUCGAGCAUCUUCUUCAAUUUGGAGCAUUUCGUUUGCGUCUCAACGAUAAAUUCUACAAUGUGUCGGUGCCCAAAUCGGGAACGACGCCUUAUGACAGUGAUAAACUCCGCCAACUCGACGACCUUCGAGCCACAGUCGCCUCUUUACACGCUGCUCUCUGUGUCGAUGAGUACAAACUGUCACGUGAGAAGAAACUUCUCCUACAACUGGAGAACGCUGAAACGCUUCUGGCACCGUUGCACGAAGCGAAACAAAGGAUUGAACAGGAGUGUGAAGCACACACGGAUCGAGUCAUGUGGGGUGGAUUCGCUGCGAUGGGGGUGCAAACUGGUCUCUUUGCUAGAUUAACCUGGUGGGAGUACUCCUGGGAUAUUAUGGAACCGGUCACCUAUUUUGCUACCUAUUCAACAGUUUGUGCCACUUUCGGCUACUACUUGUAUACUAAACAGAGUUUCGAAUAUCCAUCAGCUCGUGAACGUGUUUACACAAAGCAAUUCUACCGUCGAGCACAGAAACAAAACUUCGACAUCGAAAGGUACAAUCGUCUGGUGAAUGAAGUCGAGGACCUCCGCAAUCAACUGAAGCGAAUGCGUGAUCCUUUAUUCCAACAUCUUCCCGUUAGUUACUUAUCAAAUUUGGAGACUGAAAAGUAG